UGUAUUUUGCUAGCGCCGCAUUGGUACAUGCUUGUGAAACGAAUUUGAGAGGCAUAUCAUUAGAGCCUUCAACUUCCAGCCAUCGAAAUACAUAAACAAGCUUUUAAAAAACAAACCAGCCCUCAGAGUGAUCACAUCUAACAAACACCUGAAUGUUAAAACCUCUGGAAUACCUCUUCCAACCUUAAGAUGAAUCCAUAUGAUGAAGAAACAACAACACAUUUGACAGUCGUCUUACAUUAUAACUUUCAUUAUAAAAGUAUGUCUCACGUCUCUGAAAUCACUUUCAUCAUCAGCUCUCCCUCACGUGGCCGCCACGUUAUCCAUCUUAAUGAGACUGGGCCGGAGACCUGCCAGGCUAAAAGUUCAAGCGACUGAGAAGUUCAAUACAUUAGUGAGGAGAAGCAGUCCGUAAACAUUACCCAGAAACCUUAGUCAGGAGACGCAACGUGAGCUUUGGCGUGCUUGCAUGGUUGUUAGGCAUCCACAAGAUUUCACAGGUUUGUGAGGAAUUGCCUGACUAGUAAAAUGGAGAAGGGGAGUCAGCCUUAUCUGAGCAUCACUUCCAAGGGAAGAACUCUGGAAGCAGCAUGCUGCCCAUAGAUGUGUUUGAUAGACCUGAACAUCUCCUUCAUGGGAUCUGCAAGACUUCACAUCCCGGGAUGUUUAACAAGCCACACAAGGGGCGUAAGAAGUUGCAGGUGAUUAUAUGUGUGCUUUUCGUGGAGCUUUUCGAGAGGUUCACCUUCUUUGGGAUUGUCUGCAAUAUGAUCCUUUUCUGCACCAUCAAGCUGGGAUACAGCAGCUACCAAGCUGCCAUGGUGAACACGUGCUUUGUGGGAGCCUGCAUACUUACGCCUGUUCUUGUGGGAUGGUUUGCUGAGACGUGUUUGGGAAGGACAACGGUUCUCUGUUUUUGUGCACUUCUUCAUUUCAUCGGAACCGCUUUGCUUCCUGUCGUCGCGUUCCCUUUUGAGGAUUUCUAUAUUAACACACAUAAUAUAGUGCAUCAGCUUGAGCCUCAUGAGCAACACAUACUAUUCUACUUGGCACUGAUUGCUGUGGCUCUUGGUAUCGGUGGCAUUCGAGCAAUCCUCUGCCCAAUGGCAGCCUAUCACCUUCAAAGUUGUGACCAGCCCAAGCUAUUGUCCUUCUUCAACUGGUUUUACUGGAUGGUCAACCUGAACUCGACAGUAGUUUUUUUGGGAAUUGCCUACAUUCAGCAGUCAGUUGCCAAAAACCUGUGUUUUCUCAUCCCUUUCACGUCUGUUCUCCUCGCCCUCAUCGCCUUACACAUGGUGCGCAACAAACUGACCUUCCGUCCCAAAAAAGGUAGUUCCUUGCUAACUACACUGGGAGUGUUCCUGAAUUCUUUCAAAAUGUGCUGCCUCCAUUAUCGCCAUUUGAGUGGAGAUGUUGCCAACUGGCUAGAUCGUGCCAAGGAAAACAAUGGAGGUUGUUACAGUGAAACCAGUGUGGAAAAUGUCAAGAUACUGGUCAAACUUUUCCCUCUCUUUGGACUUCAGCUUUUAUAUCGAGCUUGCAUUACCCAGAUUCCAUCAGGCUAUUAUCUGCAGACCAUGCAUUCCAACCUAAAACUCAAUGGCUUUCUCUUGCCUGUAGCAGUGAUGAAGGUCAUCAGUAUAUUGCCGGUGUUGAUCUUAGCACCACUGCUGGAGCUUCUGAAUACCUACUAUCAGUCUCCAAAGAAAAAGCUGCCCUCGCCAGCAACAUUCAUAAGUGAGCAUUAUGACUACAAAAUUCUUACAGCUAUGGGUCAUGGUUGUGCAGCUCUCUCAGCACUGCUAGCAGGAAUCUCAGAGAUCCACAGGAAGGAUUAUCCAGAGGUGGAGCAGACACUAUCAGGAAAGGUCCUGCAGGUGUCAUCAAUGACAUGUUUCCAGCUCACGCCCCAGUACAUUUUACUGGGAGUGGCAGAGGCCUUUGUGACUCCAGCAUGCUCUCUCAUAGCCUUCUGUCUGACUCCCAGCAAUCUUAGAGGCGUCUCUUUGCAUUUCCUAACCCUCUCGUACGGAGGUGGCUGCUUUCUGGGAGCUUUCCUCAUUCACUUGCUUUAUUUUGUGUCAGGAGGAAACUUCUACCCUAAUAACCUCAGCAGUGGCAACAUGGAGAGGUUUUUUUUUAUUCUGGCCACAUUGAUGGCUAUCAACACACUUGUGUUUUGGAGAAUAUCACAAAGGUAUGCAGAUUUGAGCGUGGAGCUGAGUAGCGGUAUAAAAGACAGUCCUCUGUCAGAGAAACUCCUGCAGUACAAGACCUGUCUGCGCUUUUAUGACACAAUGGAGCGCUCGGACACCUUGACGUCUAUGGAAACUGUUUUGUGAAUUCGCUGUAUGUAAAAACUCUGUAAUGCUGGCGUUACAUGAGAUUUAAUCUGAAUGAGUUUCAUUGCUUGAGCAAUAGCUGUAAAUAAUGCUAUUUAAAUGUUUUCAAAUAAAACGUUUUUU